AUGGAAUACAGUCAGGUUCAGCCAAAUGACAGAUAUCGAGGAGGAUAUUGGUAUCAACACCAACCAUUUGGUCGUUAUUUGCACAUCAUUGCCCUCAAGUCCCAUGAGGCUUUGGAAAUAUCCUUUCAGGAAAAAUGUACAAGAUACAACUACAUCGUUCAUCCUUUGGCAUACAGAGCCGCAAUUCACACAAUCCCAGACAACAGCGUGGAUGCAAUGCAAUGGUGCAUUAUUAAUAUGCCCGAGGAACAACAUUUUGGAAAAGAUCAGCCGUGGGGAGAAAAAUGUCACGGCUUGGAAAUAUUCAAUGAUUUUACGUAUUAUCACUCUUACCAGGCGAUUGAGGAUGGUGGACCAAGCAAUGGUGAACUCACCAAUGAUCCAAAACACAUGAUCAAUGGUGAAAACAAGCAUUAUUACUGGUUUGACACGUACCCUUUGGAGUUUGCAGUGUUUCUUCUUGAUUCUGCUCUUGCUCGAGGCGUAUAUUUCCAUACAAUGGCUGCAAAUGACGCGUUCUACGAAAGAAGUAAUACCAAAGAUGAGACCGACGGCACCAAGCCGAGUCAGGGAAGUGAGCAUUUGCACUCAGAUCCAAAGGGUGGCCUUCACAAACACAAUAGAAAGCAUGCCCCGGCAUGGAAAGAUUCAAGACUCGGUGUACAAUCGCAUCCGCACCCAGCGGAGAAAAACAAAAGUCCAAACUCGUUUGAUGCCCUACCAUACAAGGAAAAAUUUGUAUUUGGUUAUGUGACCUUAAUCGAUCCUCGUCUCCACCUCAAGGAAACAGUUUUCCAAAAAAGUGAUGGGAAAAAUCACCAAAGAUUAGACGAGGGGGAAAAGGUGGUGUUGGAUUAUCUCAUAAAAGGAAGACAUUAUGGUACUACAGGAGUUUGGGAUUUAUUCAAGUACGAGAACCCUCAAACGGAGUUGCCUUUCACGAUUGAAAAUCAGCCGAACCAAGAAGAACUCUGUUAUGAUAUCACUGAAAACAUGGAACUCGAAUUUACCUUUCUCCCGUGUAAGAAAAGGAACGUUGACCUGGUGUGGAGAUAUACCAUCAUGGUCGAGUUUUUGGAGGCUUCACACGUGAAGGGACUUGAAACAACACAUGGCUACUUCAAGUUGGAUGAAAAUCACCCAACAACCUUGGAUUUGCGUUCAAAUUACGAUAAAUCGCACGUAAAAUGGUUGUAUUUCACUGCAAUAACACCAUCGAAUCCCCAGCGUAGAGCAUGGCUACAUGCCAUCAGAGGACCAGCAUUUGGCAGGCAAAACUUGCAUUCUCGACUUCCUCCCCUGAAACACACUGUCGUACCAACUGUUCGAGACGAAGAUAUCGUAACGCAAGGUAAACCCAUCACACCAACAGCCGUUAACCCCAAAGGUGAUUUAGAUUUUGCUAUUGGAAAGGCAACCAACGAGAACGACAUUUAUGUGUAUUCUAUGCAAGUGUGCCCUCUCCAACAAGAUCUGUUGACAGAGCCAGUGAGUGAGAAGAUUAGAGAAUCUUCUGAUCUCAUUCCGCCACGAAUUUUGCAAAGCGUCCAUGGUUAUUUCUAUUUGAGGAGUGAUUAUCCAACUCGGCUGAAUUUAACAGCUUCUUGGGACAAAGAAACGGUCAAGGAUAACGUUGACUUUUAUAUCAUCGAUGGAAAAACAGGUCAACCAAAGCCGAUGGAUGUUAAAGUUAAACCAUUUGGAAAAAAGAAAAAAAUAACUUUGAAAUAAGGACAGUGAUCAUUGGAUACGAUUAUUAGCAUAUUUGCACUGUGAAGGCAUCUCAGUUUGAGGAAUCACAAUUGCACAAUUUCUAUCUAAUUAAUUAUUGCAAUAGUUGUAAAAGGUAAUAAAAUAAUGAUACAGAAUGUUAUAGAAAAUCUUU